AUGAUGCAAGAAUUAGGCUUAGAACGUUUCUCAAACGACGUCGUUUCCUUAGACCUUACUCUUCCUUCUCAAACUUCAUCUACUUCUCUCUCCAUCGACGAAGAAGAAUCAACGGAAGCCAAGAUCCGACGGCUUAUAUCGGAGCAUCCAGUGAUCAUCUUUAGUAGAUCUUCUUGUUGCAUGUGCCACGUCAUGAAAAGACUUCUUGCAACAAUCGGAGUAAUCCCAACUGUCAUCGAGCUUGAUGAUCACGAGGUUUCCUCUCUCCCCACGGCUCUAGAGGAAGAAUAUUCUGGUGGUGUCUCCGUCGUUGCUCCGCCGCCGGCGGUUUUCAUUGGCCGUGAGUGUGUCGGAGGUCUUGAGUCACUUGUUGCUCUCCAUCUAAGUGGUCAUCUUGUUCCUAAGCUUGUCCAAGUUGGAGCUCUCUUUGGGUAUGAUAAUUUGUAA